AAUAAGUUUAAAUAAUAUAUACAAUAUGGCUAUAGGGAUGGCUGACUGCUUAUUUUGUGAAAUAGUAUUUUUUUAUAUUUUUUUUUAUCUUAUCCAGUCUGACAUUAAUCUGAAGUAGUGGUGUGUCAGAAAUGAAUGUGUUAACUGUUGUAUGGCUAAUGUCUGUAAUGUCUUUUUUCAAUUUCCAGGAGUGUGUGCAGCAGCUUGACCUGAGACAUUUGGUUUCUAUCUCAAUGGAUGGACCAAAUGUCAAUUGGAAGUUUUUCUCAAUGCUCCAACAGGAGCAUGCAGAUACAUUUGGAGGUGCCCAGCUGAUUGUGGUGGGGAGCUGUGGGCUUCACACACUCCACAAUGCCUUUAAAAGUGGCUUCAGUGUCUGGCAGAUGGAGAAAGUGCUCAGGGCAUUGCAUACACUCUUGCACAAUACCCCUGCUAGAAGAGAAGAUUUCUGCUCUUUGACCAAGUCAUCUGUGUUUCCCCUACCAUUCUGUGGGCAUCGCUGGAUCGAAAACCUACCCGUUGUCGACAGGGCUAUCACCAUAUGGCCAAUGAUGGUGAAGUAUGUGGAUGCAGUGACACAGAAAAAGCUUCCAAACCCUAGAACAUCCUCCUAUGACACUCUUGCAGAGGCACGGAAUGACCCUCUCAUAAUGGCCAAGCUGCACUUCUUUAUGGCUGUCUCUAGGACCUUCACCACAUUUCUGACUAAGUAUCAGACAGAUGAGCCGGUGAUUCCAUUCAUCGGUAAAGAUCUGGCUGUUCUCAUGAAGAGCCUACUGAAGAGGUUCAUCAAGGCAGAGAUCCUUAAUGACAUCACAGCACUGCAAAUGGUCAAACUGGACACAACUGCCAAGGAAGCAAGGGCUGGCCUAAAGGCUGUGGACAUUGGAUUAGGAGCAGAAGUAGUCCUAAAGGAACUCCAGAGUAGCCCCAAGAGCAGCGUAGGUGAGCUCAGUGUGUUGGCCUUUAGAAAGGACUGCAUGGACUGUUUGACCAAUAUUGUCAAGAAAAUGCAAGACAAGAGCCCACUGAAGUACACCAUUGUGAGGCAGAUGGCAUGUUUGGACCCAACGAGCAUGUUCUCAGACCCCGACUUGUGCUAUGAAAGAAUGAAAGGAGUUGUUCAGAGGUUUCUGCAUGAUAACCAGCUGUCAGGAGGCGCCUCUGCUGGUGAUGUGAUUGUCCAACAAUUUGGAAAUUUCUUGUCUCUGGAGGCAAAACAUGAGUCAUUCUCCUCUUUCCAACCCAUGCGUACAAGACUGGACGUUUUCCUGCAUGGACUCCUCCAUCAAUCCUACCCUGAACUCUGGGCAUUCUGCAGGAAACUUCUGCUUCUCUCCCAUGGCCAAGCAACGGUUGAGAGGGGCUUUUCUGUAAACAAGGAGGUAGAGGCCGAUAACAUGAAGGAGGACACAGUGGUUGCUCAGAGGAUGAUCUGUGACUAUGUCUCUGUCUGUGGGGGGGUUCUCAAAGUACCUCUGACUAAGGAGCUUUUGGCAGCUGCAGCUUCAGCUAGGUCUCAGUAUCGGCUACACCUGGACCAGGAAAAGAGAAAGCAUGCGAGCAAUGCUCAAAGAGAAAAGAGAAAAGGUGCAGAAGACCACCUAGAGCAGCUCAAAACGAAGAAGAAGAUACUGAUUGAGGUAGCAAACAGCCUGGAAAAAGAUGCAGACAAGCUAGCAGAACAAGCUGAGGGUAAAUCAGGCACACUCAUGGCCCAGCUAAUCACCAAGUCAAACAUCCUCAGAAGAAGACACAAAGAAAAACUCACAGAACUCAAAGAGGUUGAGAAAGAGCUGGAAGAUAAAUCGGCAGAACUCAGGCAUAUGCCAUAAUGUCAAAUUAGGCAUUACCUCUUCCUUACCUUCUUUUUUCACUGUUUCAAGUGUUUAUGUUCAUUUGUGCACAUGCACAUUGUUAUAAAUGGGUUAAGUACACUCUUUUGGGAAGGCUUUCUCAAGUGCCAGGUCAGUGUUUUGUUUAUUAUUAUUAUCUUUUGAUUUUGGUUGAUUCAAAGGAUGUCUGUCACACACACAUACACACACUCACACAAGUUAUAUUAAGUUAUAUUUUGCACUUCAAAAGCACUUGAAAUUGCCAUUUAUUUAUGUAGUUAUUGUAUUUAUUAUUUUGUUCGAAAGGAACAGUAUUUUUUAUUUAUUUACUUGAUUUUAUAAGCAUUUGUUUAUGGGACCUAAAUGCUCUGAAAAUAAUAAAUAUAAUUGAGGACUAAUGACAUUUUUGUGUUCUCUUUUCGCAUUACACACAUUUAGCCGAUGUUCUUAAACUCAACCGGUUAUUAUCAGACAUCAGUGUGUUUACUUGGAAAGAUUACUGUAUAUUUCCCCUUUUGAUUUGUUUUUCCAUCGUAAGUUUGGUCUUAAAUUUCAUUAAGAAGUGGUAUUAAAAAGUCUUAAAAAGUCUUAAAUUUAAUUUGUU